UGCUGGGUUCUGAGCGGUUUUAAAUGCUUUAGUUAAAAUAUGUAGCAAGCACACAGCUGAGAACUCAGGAGAAGGAUCGGGGCACUGUCUGCUCCCGGAUGGGUGUGUGGCCCUGGGCUGUUGGAACAGAAAGAAAGGUAGUGUAAGGAUGGGUCCACUCCCUGGGAGACACUGUUGAGCGAGCGAGAUGCUCGGUCAGCCCCAGCUGGACCGCCUCUAAAGAGUGCUUUAGCCCCUGUGGGUCCCUUUGUAUCUCCAUGGGGUGACACCUGUGACGGACCCAGUCAAUGCCUGCUUCUUUCCCAGAAACCCCCUUCUCAACCACAGCCUUGGAGUCAAACCAGCUCUCUUCAGAACCAAAUGUCAUCAAGCCUGGGCCUUACUGAAGACCUAAAUCAGGCGCUGGAGGUGGCAAAGCUGGGCCAUCCAUCUCCUUCCACCCCCCAGAGUCUCACGGGAUAGGAGCUAGAGAGAAAUCCAUCUGAGAGCAGUAUUUUGGAAUGCCCACACCCAGGAGAACUUGAAUCUUCAUGGCUUACUCAGAGUUCGAUUAUACUCCUUUUAUAGCAGAAUACUCACUGGGAACCAUUGAGACCAACAAAGCAUGGACUUUAAUACAGUGGCAAGCCAAUAAGUGCACGCCAGUAAUCCCAGCACUCAGGAGACGGAAAGAAGAGGACCACUGCAGCUUAGAGGCCAGGCCGCUCUACAUAGGCCGGCUCCAAAAACCAAAUCAAUAAGAGCAACUGCAGAGCCUCAGGGAACCUGGCUCCCUCGACAUCAUUCGGCCACCAUAUAAAAACUCCCUUUUCGUGCUCACUUCGUUGUCAGAAAGGACUACCUGAUCCCAGCCACCACAUCUAAGCUCCGGAGUGUAGGACAAAUGAGGUAAAAGCAAGGGUCUUUUAGAGAAAAGUCCCUGGAAGGCCCAACAAGUCCCAACUGCAUCAUCUAAGAUGGGGUCACCUAGCCUCAAAGGAGAAUAAGGUCAUAGUCUUCCUCCAGGGGCCGCGAAUUGGCCUAUCAAAUUCGGGAGUCCAAGAAAUCAUGGCGGAGUCAACACUGGGGCCAACGAGCAUUCUCAGCCACAAUGCUCUCCAGAGAGAGCCAGACUCCAUUUGGAUGCCUCUUUUUUCCUCUCCUCCUCCUCCUCAUCAUCAUCAUCAUCCCUCUUGCCGCCCUCCAGGAACCCCUGAAGCAGGAUGUUGGGAGAGAUUCGCUUUCCCCAUGCUCUGAAGACGGCAGUGACCGCUGGACCCUGCUGAGCCCCCAAGUGUCGCUCUUGGGAAAAUCUUGGAGUUCGGCCACCAUAGGAAGCGAAAUCAUCUUCUGCGGAAGGCCCAUCGUGGAUGCUGACUCCUACCAGCCUGUGGAAAUCUGCUUGUACAGCUAUCCUCAAACCACAGGAGGACAGAUGGGUGUCCUGGUGACCUUGAGAAGCUGCACAUUUCGGACUACGGCUCAGUGGGAAGGAACUGCAUUUCAUCUGCCCAUCGUGGAGGGUUGGCACGGCACUGGUGGGCUCUUUCGUGGCCUCACGACAUCACCACUGCCCACUGUGCACAGCCCAGGAUCCCAGGAGGAUGUGAACUACGGUGUGGAGAGGCCAGCAGUGAGUGCAUCGAGCCCGCCUUCCAGCUCCUCUUCUCUUUACCCAAUGUGCUCUCGGCCCUGCCAGCCACCUGCAGAGGAACACCCCACCAGCUGCCUCUAACCUGUGCCAGGGGUACUGCUCUUCCUGGCCGGUGGGCAUCAUGUCAGGUGGUAUGGUACCUGUCUGGCAUGGCUCAGAGCCUGGCAUUUAAAAGGCAACCUGUGUUUUCUGGAGAGCCCAGUGGAUCCGAUCAUCUUCAUGGCAUGCCUGGGCUGGACCCUAAGGGCCGUGGCAUUUUACAGUGUAGGUAACGGGAUGCCUUCCCUUCCCAAGAGAGGACAAGCAAGCACCUGCCUGGGUGUUUAUGAAAUGAUUUCCUCCUGCCCAGUACAUGCUGUGGCUGGAGGAACAGGGCCUAGAGCUAGAGGUCAUGGCUCGGCAGGAGAAAGUCUGUCCAGAAUCCCCCAGGGAGGGGUUGGGGUGGGCUCCAGCGCUAACACAGGUGUGGCCCCAGGCUCCCCCUACAGUUAGAAAAUAAAGACAGCACCCUUGCUUGGACACGGCUUGUACAGGGAGCGCGGAUGUCUCCACGGCACAUUGCUGCCCCUGAUGCACACGCCUCAGCACCGCUCACGCAACCCCGUUCUGCAGCAUUUCCACGGCGGUCACACACAGCCCGGGACCUUUGUUUACUCUCAAGUCCUUCCAGCCAGAAUCCCUGCCUCUCCCUGGCAGCCACAGAGCGGGCCAGCAGGGAGACCCUGGAGUGUCAAGCCCUA